AUGAAGUCGAGCGCUGAGGACGAGCCGACAGCGGGGCGCUGCACGCCGUCAGAUCAUCUCGAGCCUGAACUCGAGUCUGUGACAGAUUCUGUGGGCGAGACGUUCAGACCGCCGAUGUUUGGCUCUCGCGUUAUUGGAGUUUCUUCCUCUGAGGAUUUCUACGUCAUCCGAAAUGGUCGACUGUCUCAGCCUGAUGAUCCACUGCAGCCGGGUGCCAUCUAUCACCUGGAGCCCCGCCUCUGUGGAGGGAAAGGAGGGUUCGGCUCCAUGCUGCGAGCGCUGGGCGCUCAGAUCGAGAAGACGACGAACCGGGAGGCCUGCAGAGACCUGAGUGGCCGACGCCUCCGAGACGUCAACCACGAAAAAGAGUGAGAAUCACAGAGCCGGCGUUACACCAUUGUAACCACCUACACCUGCUCAGAGAACAACAACAGCAACAGUAAUAACUAUAACAACGACAAUAACCAGAACAACAACUACAACAACUACUACUACUACUACUACUGCAACAGUAAUAAUUAGAACAAUUAGAACAAUAUCUAUAACAACAACUAUAAGAAUUAUAACAACAUCAACUAAAAUAACUAUAACAACAACAACAGCUAUAAUUAAAGCUGCAAGCAGCAAUGAGCGGGCCCUCGCACCUCCAUGCACGUCGGGGCUACUGACAGGACGCGAUGUCUUUCUAUGAAAGCAGAAAACUGGAUGCAGCAGAGAAUAAGUGUUUCCUCCAUGAGCUACGCAGCUGGAUUGCAGAUUGGAUCAUCUACAACAGAGUUUUAAUCAGCUUCCUUUUUUAGUGGCGAAACACCUAAAUUCUAGGCCUCAUAACGUCCACACUGUUAAACAAAGACGAUACACGAUUCGAUUUUUAUUGAUCCAGUUGCUACGACAUCAGUUUCAGUUAUGUGUGUAGUCAGAAAUACUUAGAUAAUUCAUUUCAAUACCUUAAUUUAUUGA